AUGUGGGAAACGAAGCGUGAAAGCAAUCUGAGGAGUGGAAGACGAUGUCUUUCUUGUGUUUAUGCCCUUUUGCAACAUGCACGCAGACGAAAGAGAUGGAAGCUUUGUGAUUUUAGAUUGAAGCAACUCUCAUGCCUCAAGAUUAUCGACACAGGAAGAUGUCUACAAGAGAGAGGGAGGAGGGAAGAGAAAGGCUUGGCCUUUAAAUAUUUUGAAGUCACAUCAAACGGGGAAGCUUGCAAAUUUCUCCUUUGGAAAGGUCAUUUCAAUAUUGUGCGCGCACACGUGUAUGUUUAUGUGAUGAUCCCAAAAGAAAAAUGUGACGUGUCAUACAAUUAUUCAGAAAGGCAAGAGAAGAAUCAGAUAUGAUUGCUAGAAAGUUGGAAAAGGACAUGACACUUGACAUUGUUAAUUUUGGCGAGAAAUAAGGGGAAGAAAGAUAAGCUAUAAAUACUUUCCACCAGUGUGAACAGGCCUUCGCAUUCGGUGCACUGAUUGCUUGUUAGGCCGGGGACGACCCUGAUUUUCCGUUUUAAUUUAAAAUAAUAUCUACUGUUCAUUUAAAUUAAUUUUUAAAUACUUUUAAUAUUGUAUUUGUUAAUAUAAAAAUAUAAAAAAGUUUAAUAUUAAAACUAGGUUGUUUUUGGUGUUCGUCAGUGAUACU